CGGCAGUAAGUGGAUGUUCUGCUUGGGCUUGUGUAGGGAGAGGCUGAAAUGAGUGUAGAAAGUGGGAGGAUGCCUGGUCGUGCUUCCUCCUCUAGCAACAAGAAGUCCAAGAGGAAGCCUAAGAGAAAGGAAACUUAUUCAGUCUAUAUCUACAAAGUACUGAAGCAGGUGCACCCUGACAUUGGAAUCUCCUCCAAGGCCAUGAGCAUCAUGAACUCAUUUGUCAAUGACAUCUUUGAGCGGCUGGCAGUGGAGGCAUCGCGCCUGGUGCAGUACAACCACCACUCCACCAUCACCAGCAGAGAGGUGCAGACAGCCGUGCGGCUCCUGCUGCCCGGUGAGCUGGCCAAGCACGCUGUGUCCGAAGGCACCAAGGCUGUCACCAAGUACACCAGCAGCAAGUGAGGCUGCAUUGCAAUAAAGCCUUCCUGCAUUGAC